GACAGGAGAGAGGAUCUGAAGAUUUUUGAGAAAGCGAUGAGCUCGAUAGCGUUUUUGGAAGGAUCAAAAUGCGGACUUUUUAGAGAAGUGAGUAAUUUAGUAUGUGUAUUGCGACAAUUGCUCGAACAUUGUGGAGUGGAGGCAAUGAAAGCUUUCAAUACAAGUAUCAGUCUUGGCUACCUCCGAACAGAGCGAAGGGAACGACUCAACCUAGAUUUUGAGGUGAGUAAACUUGAAAGUUUUCGGAAAGUUCAUCCAUUUGGGAACUUUUCUGCUGUUUAA